CUAUCUAUUCUAAACCCUAAUGAUAUUUGUUCGCUUCACCUCACUGCUUUUGCAGGUUUAUUUUUCGUAUCGUCUCCAUUGAGCAGCUUAUUCAGCAGCUGAGAAGGAGAGAGAGAGCAACAAGCAUUGACAUAGACAACAAUGGUGCACGUCUCGUUUUACCGCAACUAUGGGAAAACUUUCAAGAAACCCCGUCGUCCAUACGAGAAGGAAAGAUUAGAUGCUGAACUGAAGCUUGUUGGAGAAUAUGGGCUUAGAUGCAAAAGAGAGCUUUGGAGGGUUCAAUAUGCCCUGAGCAGAAUCCGUAAUGCUGCAAGAAUGCUUCUGACCCUUGAAGAAAAGGACCCACGUAGGAUCUUUGAAGGUGAAGCCCUUAUGAGAAGGAUGAACAGAUAUGGACUUUUGGAUGAGAGCCAAAACAAGCUAGAUUACGUUCUUGCCCUUACUGUUGAAAACUUUCUUGAACGCCGUUUACAGACACUUGUGUUCAAAACUGGAAUGGCCAAAUCCAUCCACCAUGCUAGAGUUCUCAUCAAGCAAAGGCACAUCAGGGUGGGAAGGCAAGUGGUGAAUGUUCCAUCAUUCAUGGUGCGUGUUGACUCCCAGAAGCAUAUUGACUUUUCUCUCACUAGUCCCUUUGGAGGCGGGCGACCUGGCAGAGUCAAGCGAAAGAACCAAAAGGCGGCUGCCAAGAAGGCGUCAGGUGGGGACGCUGACGAGGAUGAUGAAGAGUGAUGACAUGUCAUCAUGUUUCAUCUUUUUUACUAUCUUGUCAACAUGCUUUAUUUUGAUAUUUUUCAGUACCUCUAAACAUAGCAAGUUUUUUAUUUGAUAAUAUGGAUAUCAUGCAAUCAAGUAAGUGUCUCAAGGGUGAGUAAACAUUAAAACUUAUGCUCAUUUUUGUGACAUUGUUUUUAUUAAUCAAGUAAACGUAAAGCCAAA